AUGAAGCUAGUGCGUUUUUUAAUGAAAUUGAGUCACGAGACGGUUACAAUUGAACUCAAAAAUGGAAGCGUAGUUCAUGGAACGAUCACCGGCGUCGAUGUUGCGAUGAACACACAUUUGAAAGCUGUAAAAGUAACGCUAAAGAACAAAGAGGAGCUUCAAUUGGAGACAUUGAGUAUACGUGGGAACAACAUUCGGUACUACUUACUUCCUGACAGUCUACCUUUGGAAACUCUUCUAAUUGAUGACACACCCAAGGGCAGAGGGAAACGCGAAGGUUUCCAGCGAGGUGGUACUAGAGGAGGUCGUGGUAGAGGAAGAGGCGGCCGUGGAGGCCCGAGAGGAGGUCGCGGGGGACGCGGCCGUGGACGUCGAUAG